AUGUCAUCAACCUAUGAAAACACAGAACCAGAGUCCUCUCUCCCCCUCAGCAUGCAAAUUUUCGAUGCUGAUAGAUAUCUGCCAUCUUUAGAAGAUGUGUUCGAACUUAAGGAAAUCCUCUUCAACGCACCUAAAGAAAGACGAUUACCGUUAGAAAUCAUCGAAAGCAUAAUUGAUCUCGCCGAAUAUUGGCCUCAUACAACAACAUCAGGUUUUGCCAUUCCCGGUUCUCAAGAUAACAGACUCCUUGUCAAUACUAGAAAAGAAAUCACCGUUAGAUCAGGUGCUCGAACAGAAAAUCAAUUUCUUUUACGCUCUCUUCCCAUCGGCUACUUCUCAUCUCAAGAAAAUAAGCACGAUCUACCUUUCCAAAAACGUUUGGAAGACGAGACAGAAUUCACCAAAGUCGAACCCAAGCCUUGGCUUUGGCCAUCGGAUCGGCAAAUUCCACAAGAUGCCACGGAGGAAGUUAUAAAGCAAUGGGCAGAGGUUUCACCUUGUCGAAGCCAAUUCCCUUGCAAGAAAAUUAUAUUUCGAAUUAGAAGUCAUGAUCAAGGAUGGGGAGGUGCAUCCGCAGAUAGAGGAACAUACAGAGGAUCAUUCACAUGGUUUGACGUUGGCUUGGAGCGAACAUAUGCUACGAGAGAAGAACACUUUGUUAAAGACCCACACUUCCGACCAUGCGACUACAAACAAGAAUCGUCCAAUGAGAUAGUAUGCGGUGUAAGGACGAUAAUCCCAGAAGUAGUCCAACCCAACCCAGAUGAUGUUCCCGAGAAUCACAGAGAUUCCAGCGCAACGCAUCCAGCUACGUUCAAGCAUAAACUCAACCCUGACACCAAAGCCCUCCAGAAAAACAAAACCGCUACAGCAACACCAGAAAGUCAUGUAAUCACAUGGAGAUUCGAUGACAAUAUCCAUCCAGAAAGUCCUGAAGCCGAUAAAUUAGAAGAGCAAGGUAGAGGACGGGAAACUGGAAACGGCGAGUUUGUUCGUAAUCUGCGAAUUGGUGACGUAGUGACGCUCUGGGCAAAAGCGAGGUAUCCAGGAUGGUCUAACACCAUCCAGGAUGUGAGUAUGGAGGUCUAUUAUGCAAUCUGA